GUAGGAGCACGUGUCGAUCGAUCAAUCGGUGGCAGUACUACACAGCCACGACCAUCAUCCUUUCCCUUUCCACCAGUCACCAUGGCGUCACUGCUGGGUCCGAUCUCAGGUGCCCUAGUGGCCGGCGGGUUCUACUACGGAUACUCGAACUUGAUGCACAACCGAACCGAGAGCUUGAAAACCGAGCUCCAUACGCUCAGUGUUCGACUCGUCGACCACCCGGCCCUUGUCAUGGCGCCGCCCUCCGCCGCUGCACGUGUCACGCCGCCUUCUUUUGCGGCUACUCUAAAGGCUCGAUGGAAUGACGAGGUGGCGGGACUAGCACAGAACCUUCGAGGCCUGGACGGGCAGGUGGGAGCUUGGGGACGGAGAGUUGUGUAUGGUGAUCAACACACCUCUAAGUAAUCAGUGCCACCCUUUCUAAGACGUAUUUGGUCUCAAUCUCCGUUGCUCUCUCUACGUCGGCGUGAUCACAUGACUUUAGAGAAUCUGCGGGCACCUGGACUUUCACCUGACGAGGUGUGAGAGUCCUUGUGCUAGCUUGCG